AUGCGCUUCUUCGGUGCAAGUUAGCAACUUAGCGUAGAGACUGCGACAAUCUCCUGACAAUCUCUUCGCCGGGAACCGCCGUGACAAGGUUAGAGAGAGAGAGAGAGAGAGAGGUAGGGAGGUGUCAUGGAACGAAACAGCUUUCGCUAUCCUACAGAGAAGAGAUCCGGAGCGAUCGAUCCGGGUUCAGGGUUCGGAUCUUCCAAAAGGGUGAAGACGCAUCACGCGCAGCUGCUCUCGCCUCUGGUUGUACCGGUGGGACACGCGUCGUUUCGAUUGCUCUGCCCCUUGUCGCAAGUCGGUGCGGUGAUUGGAAAAUCCGGAAGCGUGAUCAAACAACUCCAACAGUCAACCGGAGCUAAGAUACGGGUCGAGGAGCCCCCGUCUGGGUCUCCGGAUCGGGUCAUCACGAUCAUAUCACAAGUGGAUUCGUCGUCUAGGGUAAAAUUAGGUGUUGAUAACAAUGCGAACGUAGAGGCAGAGAAGAUGGAAGAGGAAGUUGAGGUAUCUAAAGUACAAGCAGCGUUGAUUCGGGUUUUCGAAGUUUUAGCCGCGGAAGCGGAUAGUGCUACGGUCGUGUGCCGAUUGUUGACGGAGUCUAGCCAUGCGGGUGCUGUGAUAGGCAAGGGUGGUCAAAUGGUUGGGAGCAUUAGGAAAGAAACUGGCUGCAAAAUUGCGGUACGGACUGAGAAUUUGCCGAUUUGCGCCGAUACUGAUGACGAGAUGGUGGAGAUUGAAGGUAAUGUUAUCGCUGUGAAGAAAGCUCUUGUAUCUAUCUCCCGCUGCCUUCAAGAUUGUCAACCGGUGAACAAGAUAAGGGUGGUUGGAAAUAGACCCCUUGAAAAAGAGAUCCAAGCAUCUUCACAUAGGCCCAUAGAAACAAUUAUUCAGGAGUCUCUUCCUAGGUCCGUUGAAGAUUAUGAUUAUAGAACGAGAACAGCUGACAUGUUUCCUCGGGGCACUUUUGCUCGACCUAAUGAUGUGAUUCCUCAUGAUGCUUUGCAUCAUAGGCAUAUCGAGGUGGUUCCUCAGGGAAAUUUACGCAGGCAUAUUGAGGCAGAACGGCAAGAUGCUUUGCACAGGCAUAUUGACGCGGAACGGCAAGAUGCUUUACGCAGGCAAAUUGAGGCAGAACGGCAAGAUGCUUUACGCAGACAUGUUGAUGUGGCUCCUCAAGAAACGUUAUACAGGCCUUCGGAUGUUGUCAGGGGCGAUGUUUUCCGACAGCCUAGAGAGGUGGAUGAUUCUCAUGAUUCCUUGCAUAGACCUUUCGAGAUGGUUCAACGUGAUGCUAUGGGCUUCCCUCUUGAGUCGUAUCCACGUGAUGCUUUUGGGAGGCGUAUUGAAACAAUCCCGCAAGAAACUCUUCGUCUGCCAACUGCGGAUUUUCUUGCACAUCGUUAUUCCACUCUAGAUACACAUCCUCACAGCAAUACUACUUCUGCUUCAAUGACUAACGCUGCUACCAAAAAACCACCUCUGUCAGAAGUGGAAUUAGGGAACCAAGAAGUGGUUUUUAAGUUACUUUGUUCCAUUGAAAAUGCUGGCGGAGUUAUCGGGACAGCGGGUAAAGUUAUCAGGACGCUUCAUAGCGAGACAGGUGCCUUCAUAAAUGUGGGAAAUACACUUGCUGACUGCGAAGAACGUUUGAUUUCUGUUACUGCACCAGAGAACCCUGAAUGUCAAAGCUCGCCAGCUCAGAAAGCUAUUAUCCUAGUUUUUACUAGAUUAUUUGAGCUUGCCACUAAAAAAAUCCUAGACAAUGGCCCAAGAACAUCUAUCACUGCACGGCUUGUGGUCCCAACAAGUCAGAUUGGUUGUUUGCUGGGCAAAGGAGGUGUUAUAGUUUCGGAAAUGCGGAAAACCACUGGGGCUGCAAUUCAAAUUUUGAAGGUUGAGCAGAAUCCAAAAUGUGUCUCAGAGAACGAUCAAGUUGUGCAGAUUUCAGGAGAGUUUCCAAAUGUGAGAGAAGCCAUUUACCAUAUUACGAGCAGGCUACGAGACAGCCUUUUCUCCAAAUCAAUGGGAAAUUCCGUAACCAAGAGCAACUCCACCUUAACUACAGAGAGAAUGUACCACCGACAAUCAGAUAAUCCUCUGUCUAUUGGGUCUCAUCAAACCUUUAGUCAUCCACCUACCACCUCUACAAGUCUGCACAGAAGAUCUGAGGAUUCCUUUUUAAGUGGGUCUCAUUCAGUUGUCAACUAUUCGAGAUCUGUUGGCACAGAUCCUUACUUAAGACCGGAAGACCCGAUUCCUGACAGGUUUAUUCCAUCAUCAGGCUAUUCUCCUAAUUUUGGUCCGCGGUCCACUAUGGACCACAAUGAUAUCUCCCAUCACUUAACUGAGACCGCAUCGCGUAUGUGGGCAUCCCCGCCGCCAGCAGCUCCAAGAGGCUUAUUUGAUGCCAGUGGCGGAUUAUCUUCGGCAAGGGCUGGCCUUGUACAUGGCAGUGGACACAAAUCUGCCAUCGUUACAAACACAACUGUAGAAAUUAGAGUUCCAGAAAAUGCUAUUAGCUUUGUGUAUGGAGAGCAUGGCCACAAUCUGGAGCAACUGAGACAGAUAUCGGGUGCGAGGGUCAUAGUCCAUGAACCUCCUCUAGGAACCAGUGACAGGAUCAUUGUCAUAUCAGGGACACCUGAUCAAACCCAGGCUGCUCAAAACCUCCUUCAUGCCUUCAUCCUUACAGGUGAAACCGCAUUGUCCAAAAAAUACAACCUAAACUAGAACCACACAGUUUUCACCAAACAAAACAAAAAAUAAAAUAAAGGAGCUCACACUUGUUACUUGUUUUAGUUAAUCUCUUUUGUUUUUGGUUUGGAUCUUUUGAACUCUUGUACAUCAUCUUUUUCAGUUGAAGUACUUUGAUGGAAUCAGUUCGAUGUCUUACUCUAAAUUUUCUUUCUUUUUAUCACACAUUGUUACCACAUAGAAUUGAGAUUUGAUUAAAAAGACCUAGAGGAAGAGUCAUUGCUAUAGAAACUGUGGUCUCACGAACUUAAUAACUUUUUCGGUAGAAAAUCUUCACAAAAGAAAAACUUGAGAGCAGUAAUAUAGUUUUGCUCGGAUAAUCGCAAUAUACUUGACUGUUCUUUCUGUUUCAGCUUGUCGCACCAUCUUUAGCUAUGAAAAUGGUAGAAAACUUGCAGCAUUUUUGCUCUGAAAGUGUUCCAUUAACGAAACCAAUAAAAUGUUACCUUUAAGAGAGUUUCACUUUAAGGUUUUAUGAGACCCUGGACUUUUUUUAAGGGAAAAAUACCAAAAAAUACUCAUUUAUUUAAUUUUUGGAAGAAUCACCCAUGAACUUUUAGCGUUGUCAGAAACGCACACAAACUAUUUUUUCGAUGCAUAAAAAUACAUAAGUUUUUUAAAGUUUCAUUUUCCCCCUCUGAUUUCACGGUCGCUAACAGACAUAACGGAAUCAAUAAUCAGCGUUAAUUUUUUGUAAGAAAAAAUGCUAAAAAAAUACAUCAACUAUUUAAUUUUGUCAGAAACCCACACAAACUUUUUGCAUUGCUAGAAAUCCACACAGACUAUUUUUUUAAUCUAUAAAAAUACACAAACUUUUUAAAAUUUCAUUUUCCCUCCUCAAGUUUCAUGGUCAUUAUAGACAUAACAUAAUCGAAAAACUGCGUUAAUUUUCUAUAACACGUGUUAAAAACUGUCAAAUUAAUACCAUUAUUACCUUUAAAAAGAAAAACCUAAACUCUAAUUUUUUUCUCUUACUAUUUCAGAAAUUGAGUGAAAUCGGUUGAAAAUGUGGUUAAUAGACCAAUAAAUCAUGUUUAGAACAUAUACAUCAUCUCCUCGAAUUGCUCUUAUUAGUCUUAUAUAUCACAACACACAAUGUUUCCGACUCGAUUUAUACUACCAACCAUAUUUUUCAACCGAUUUCACAUAGUUUUUAAAAGAGAGAAAAAAAUUAGGGUGUAGAUUUUUCUUCCCUAAAUCGAUUUGAAGAUUUUCUAAGGAUAACAAUGAUAUCAAUCCUAGAGUAGUUAGCACGUGUUACAAAAAACUAACAUAACGACCGUGAAAUUUGAAGAGGGAAAAUGGAAUUUUAAAAAGUUUGUGUAUUUUUAUGGAUUAAAAAAAUAGUCUGUGUAGAUUUCUGGAAAUGCAAAAAGUUUGUGUGGGUUUCUGGAAAAAUUAAAUAGUUGAUGUAUUUUUUUAGCAUUUUUUCCUACAAAAAAAUUAACGCUGUUCAUUGAUUCCGUUAUAUAUGUUAACGGUCGUGAAAUCAGAGGAGAGAAAAUGAAACUUUAAAAAAAUUUAUGUAUUUUUAUGCAUCGAAAAAAUAGUUUGUGUGAGUUUCUAGCAAUGCUAAAAGUUCAUGGGUGAUUCUUCCAAAAAUUAAAUAAAUGAAGUAUUUUUUGGCAUUUUUCCUUUUUCUUUAAUUCACAUUCUCGAAACCUCUUUUUGUCAGUAGCAAAACUACACAAUACAAGAUGAAAUAUAUUAUAAGCACUCCUCUACACUACUCACAAUCAGUAAUCGUAUUGAUAGAAAUGCAAAGUUGAGAUUUCAUGUGUAAAAUUGGUCGUCACGAAAGCGAAAACACUCGAAAUUUGGGUGAAUCUAGAGUGUUUGCUCUAUACCUCGAAAUAUUGGUAUGUUUUGUACUCUACGUUUGUUCGAUAUCAUCCAAAGAGGAAGAUCCUCAUCCUCCAUGGAGAUAAAUCAACCAGUCAGGGUCAGAAUCAGAUGAGGAGCUCAUACAAACAUACCCAAGCGAUAAUAAGCUUUGAAGACGAUGCCGUUUUUCUAUCUAUUUCACACAUUUGUACAUGCUAUUUUCAAAAUAUCUUGUAAUUUAGUGUUAACGAAGAAAAAAAAUCCUUGUAUUUGAUGGACCUGCGACACCAAAAAAGGCAAUAAAAAAUUA